CCGCUGCACGCGGCCCGGGCCGCUGCCGCCCCGCCCCCGCGAGGCCACGGCGGAGUCUCGGUGCGGGCCAGGCCUGCUUGCGAAUGCGCGAGAUCUCCUCUGCCCUAAAGACCUCGUCGGGAGGCAGCCUCGGAGCGUGGUUGGGGGAAGGGGGAGCCUGCUUGUUCAUCCCUUCGAGACGUGAGCCUUUGGCUGUACUGCCCUGUUGGGCCUCUGCAGCCCGUCGGUUAGGGUGAUGAGAGCUGACACUUGGUCCGCCUGCUAUGGCAGUAACACUCCUCAAGGGAGCUCCCCCCGGAGUAGCCUUCGAGCUAAAUACUUAGAAGAGGCACGUGUGAACAGUAGCAGCCUGAGACAGACAUUUAGGGAACUUGUCUACUGCUCAAAGAUGAGGAGGCUGUACUCUCUGGACACCUGUCUGGGAUGGGUUUGGGGGCUGUACCUCUGCCGUGUCAUGGCUUAGAGAUCACGGAGACCCCAGUACUCAAAGCUGGUCUUGGCCAUUCGCCUCCCUGGUCAAGCCCCCAAAUGGAAUAGCCUCUAACGAAUGGUGAAGAAAUAGCCCGCCUCAUCAUGUCACAGAGGACAGGAAUAUAUGCGGCGUUAUGGAGCUUCUUGGAGACAGCCAGGGAUGUGCAAAGCUCAGGACUUGUCCAUAAUCUCUUGCCAACAAGGAGUUGUAGUCUGUCCAUGUCCCAAGCAGAGCUUGCCCAAAGCCCAGGCUCCACCUGGUGCCAUUGCCUCUCUCCCAGUCCAGGACAGGCUGCAAGAGCAGAGUGGAACGGACUGUGGCCAGUACUGGGUCACCGCCUGUCACCCCUUGGUGCCCUCGGCUGGAGACAGGAAUCCAAGGCCUUGGUGAGGUUCAGGGCAUACUUUUGCAGUGGGAGCCAAGCCCCUUCGUGCUCACACCAGACUGUCAAGGCAGAGACUUUGACUGGUGCAGAUUGGUCAAAGCGUGGUGCUGCGUGGUGUCUUCAUCUGGAGGGAAAUUGGCCACUCACAGUUCUGAAGUGAGACUGGCUUAGCCAGAGGCUGCAGCUUUCGCCUUCCCUAGCGGGGGAUGCUAUGGCAGGCAAGAAUCAUCAGCUGUGGCAGAAUGGGCGUUGAGUAAGCCGGAGGAAGCCUCCAAGGAGUUGUUUUUGGAAGGGUACUUGGUGGAGUGGGUGCUUGUAAACUGAGCACAAAGCUAACAGGGCAAGCCAGUUUGGCCCUGGGAGCCAUGCGAAGAAGUCUCAUCAGCUCUCUUCAGGGUGAAGCCAACACAUACUAUGGUCAACUGCUGGUUCUGCAACCACGAUACACUGGUGCCCUAUGGGAAUCGCAACUGCUGGGACUGCCCCCACUGCGAACAGUACAACGGCUUCCAGGAGAAUGGAGACUACAACAAGCCGAUCCCCGCACAGUACUUGGAACACCUGAACCACGUGGUGAGCAGUGUGCCCAGUCCCCGUGACCCCGCACAGGCACAGCAGUGGGUGAGCAGUCAGGUCCUGCUCUGCCGGCGGUGCAGCCACCACCAGACCACCAAGAUCAAGCAGCUGGCUGCCUUCACACCGCGUGAGGAGGGCCGGUAUGAUGAGGAGAUUGAGGUGUACCGCCACCACUUGGAGCAGAUGUACAAGCUGUGCCGCCCAUGCCAGGCAGCUGUUGAGUACUACAUCAAACACCAGAACCGCCAGCUGCGUGCCCUGCUGCUCAGCCACCAGUUCCGACGUCGGGAGGCUGACCAGGCCCAUGGGCAGAGCUUCAGUUCCUCGGCAAUGAAGGCACCCUUCCAGGUCAUCCUGCUCCGUGCCCUGGCCUUCCUGGCCUGUGCCUUCUUGUUAUCCAUUACAUUGUAUGGCCCCAGCGAACCCUUCACCCCAGGAGCCGCCCUGCCCCUGGCCCUGCCUCCUGGGGGCAACAGCUCUGCUGCAUCCGACAACACUACUGCUCAGGCCGAGGGCUGGCAGCAGCUGCUGGGCAUGUUGCCAGAGCACACUACAGAAAAGCUACGUGAAGCCUGGGCCUUUGGGCAGAGCCACCAGACCAGCAUUGUGGCAGUGGGCCUGCUCACCUGCCUGCUGGCCAUGCUGCUGGCUGGCCGUAUCAGCAGGCUCCGACGGAUCGAUGCCUUCUCUACCUGUCUCUGGGCCCUGCUGCUGGGACUGCACCUGGCAGAACAGUAUCUACAGGCUGCUUCACCAAGCUGGCUCGACACACUCAAGCUUAGCACCACGUCCCUGUGCUGCCUGGUGGGCUUCACUGCAGCUGUGGCUACAAGGAAAGCUACGGGCCCACGGAGGUUCCGGCCCCGAAGGUACUUCUCAGGAGACUCUGCCAACCUUUUCCCCUCCAGCCCCAGCCUGGCCGUGCCCUGCCCAAGCAUCACAACGUCACCAGCAUCUCUCUUCAUCCCCACCCCACCCGGCUUCCUGCCUCUGACCAAGCAACAGCUCUUCCGAUCUCCUCGUCGGGUCUCACCCUCCUCACUGCCAGGCCGCCUCAGCCGGGCCCUCUCACUGGGAACCAUACCUUCUCUGACCCGGACAGACUCAGGAUACCUGUUCAGCGGGAGCCGCCCACCAUCUCGGGUGUCUCCACCUGGGGAGGUUUCUCUUUCAGAUUACUUCUCUCUGCUGUCGGGCAGCUUCCCCUCUUCCCCUCUCCCUUCUCCAGCGCCUUCUGUGGCCAGCUCCAUGGCCUCCAGCUCUGGCUCCCUGCGCCACCGCAGGCCCCUCAUCAGCCCUGCCCGGCUCAACCUGAAAGGGCAGAAACUGCUGCUCUUCCCAACCCCUGGGGAAGGGCCCAGUACUCCCAGCAGCUCGGAAGAGCAUUCACCGCCCAACGGCAGCCUCUUCAUUGAGCCUCCCCAGCUCCCCCAGAGGAAUCGCAUAUGGGACACAAAGCAUACUAUGGACAUGCGAUCGAUGGUGGCUAGAGACAGCGCCUGCAGCAGCCGCUCCAUCAAGAAAGAGGAGGACUCGUCCCAGUCCUCCACUUGUGUGGUAGACACCACCACCAAAGGGUGCUCCGAGGAGACUGCUCUCUGGAAAGCUCGUGUUGGCCCCUCUCUGGUCCGGGGCCUCCUGGCUGUGAGCUUGGCCGUCAAUGCAGCCUUCACCUCAGCCUACCUGUACCAGAACCUGCGCUGACCACCGUGACUGCCCUUCUGGAGGGCACUGCCCAGGCGCAUGCUGCUUCCACCACUGCCGCUCAGAUCCCUCCCUGAGGGGCUCUGUCUCCGCCUUGACACCAGGGCCCUUGUUGAGUCCCUGACCUCAGGACACCUGCUGUCCCAACAGACUGCCGAUAUCAGCUGUGUUUGGUGCUGACACUCUGACCCUGAAGCAGGGACUUCUGACAGCUGCCCAGCCCCGGGGACACCAGUGCUGCUGUAGAGGCAGCAGGGGCCAGCUGCCUCUGCCCUGCUGCUGCCACCCGGUCACAUCUCUGUACUCCAAGACACCAGAGAUCUGCCUCAGUGCCCCGCCAGAAACCCAGAUGAAGAAGGCCCCACACCAGAGAGCAAGCCUCCCUGCAGCAGGCACCUGGCAGCCCAUCUUGCCCCUGACUGUUGGCUCCAGGCAGGGCUGAGCAGGUGGGAGCCUGGGACUCACAAGAAGUACCUGUGUUCCCUCUCCUCCUGAGUCCUGCCCCACUCACCUGUUUGGUGAGUUCUGGUGGCUGAGCAGGCAGCUCCAUUGCCCUGAGAGCACCAGAGCCCCCCUGCCUGGCCGCCAGUUCCGCAUGAGCUGCACAGUUAGACAAGACUGGACCCCUCCCUCUCUGCACCCAAACCCCUUUCUCCUUUGGUCCUCAGGCCCUUCUGUUCCUUCCUUCAUCUGCCCCACCUGGGUCCCCUUCAUGCCCAACCACGGCCCUGCUAAGGGCACUGCAGGUUGGGUGCACAUCUGUCCCAUGAGGAAGGAAGAGGGACUUAGGCCUGACACUGGCCCUUUCGAUACCAUGGGGCCACGUGCCUGUGGGGUCAGUCCCAUCCCCCAUCCCAGGCUUUGGCCUCAGGCACGUGUGUAUGUGGGUGUGAGUGUGUUUUUGUGUGUCUUUGUGUUACACUGCUUGGGAUUUGUUGUGGGGGAGGGGCAUGGGGCAGGGAAGGGUCUUCACUGUCAUUCAGGGAUAAAAUUUAACUUUAUUUUUGUACACAUUUUUUUGCCAGGUGAGGCAUGUGCUGGCCUCCAGCUCCCGGCCAAGGGAGGUCAUUUCCUAAGCUUUGGGUGCUUUAGUACUCUUUUCUUUUUUUACCGUAGGGAAGGAGGCCUGGCCUGACCUCCACACUCCUGACAGCCCAGCCUGUGGGCGGUCAGGACAGUGUCAGGACUCCAUGAGUCCAGCUGCCACCAAAGGUUCCAGCUUGGGAGUGGCGCUUCUUGGUCUCCAUUUAUACAGUGGGUACAUCAAGUUGAAAAAUUUUUUUCCUGCCUAAUGAAACCAAAUUGUUCCCCAGCAUUUUUGUCUCCAGCCCUGGGGAAGUGCCCAGGGAGAAACUGGCCCCUCACACCAGCGCAGCAGGCCAGCCUGGCACACUGCGCACCCACAAGGGGCUUUGACUUACGUUUUGAUUUAUACAUAAAACACAACAUUAUUUUUCUUUACAAAGGCAAAACAACUUAAAACCAUACCAACUUUUGACUUGAACCAACCAGGCUCUGUUGUUUGUGUUUGUUUGUGGGAACAGCUCCCUGGAAGAAAGGCACCCGCCCCGGGGUGCAGGUGCUGUGUAGGGGGUUGGUCCAGAGAGUUCCUGGAGCCCUGACUCUCCUGCAGGAGUGAGCUAGUAGCUGCAUCCUGCUGCUGAUCCGCAUGUCUGAAGACCAACA